UUCAAUGGCUUCCAUGAGCACUGAAAGAGCCUUGUGGCCAUCAUCAUCUUCUUCUUUUACACCUCAAUGGAAAUACGAUGUGUUCCUAAGUUUUAGAGGCAAGGAUACCCGAAAUAAUUUUACAGACCAUUUAUAUUUUGCUUUGGAACAAAAGGGCAUUUUAACUUUUAGAGAUGAUGAAAAACUAAAGAGAGGAAAAUCAAUUUCACCAGAGCUCUCAAAAGCAAUAGAAGAAUCAAGGUUGGCUAUUGUCAUACUCUCAAGUAACUAUGCAUUUUCAACGUGGUGCCUAGAUGAGCUUACAAAGGUCAUUGGAUGCAUAAAAGAGACGGGAAUAAUAGUUCUACCUAUAUUUUAUAAUGUUGAUCCGUCGGAUGUACGAAAGCAAACAGGAACUUUUGCACAAGCUUUUGCUGAACAUGAAGAACGUUUUAAGGAGAAGGUGCAAAAAUGGAGAGAUGCUUUGAGAGAAGUGGCCAAUCUCUCUGGGUGGCAUUCACAAGAUAGGGAACAGAGGCAAUUCAAGGCAUAGUACUAGAGUUGUAUGAACCAAAAAAGGUAUAUUGGAAUCCUGAAGCCUUUUCAAAGAUGCAAGAUCUAAAAUUGCUUAAAAUUUGUGGUGUUCAACUUAUGCAUGAUCUCAAACAUCUUCCUAAUAGCUUAAGAGUUCUUGAUUGGAAAGGGUACCCAUCAAAAUCGUUGACAUCAAGUUUCCAAUCAAAGAGUUUUGAGAAUUUGAAA